AUGACACAAAAUAUUUUAGAAGCUUCGGCUGGCCGCCAAAACUCAACCGAGUGCACGAGCAAAUAUCCGAGUCGUUUGUUCAAUGUCACUCCCGAAAGAGACUCUACUCCAGUACGACGGAUAGCCUUCGCUUUGGAAAAUAUAAUUGACCAGUUGGGAAAGCCUCUUGUGCCUUCCACGCAGUCUCUAGCGCAAGCAUUAGUGUACAAGUUCAAUGGGCCCCAUCGUCGUCAGGGAUUCUGGAUGAUUUAUAAAAACCUCUCACGAGCUCUGCGGAAAUAUAACGGAGAAGACCUCUUGACCAAGGUUUCAGAUUUGCAUAAGAAAGCAACUGCAAGUGGUGCAGGAUUCUAUAUGCCGACUGUGGAGGUUUUGCGUUACAUAGGUGCGGCCUAUUUGAAAAGGCUGUUUAGACUUCAGCAGGGUAUUCGCUCAAUUCGGGAUUUAUGUGUUCGUACUGCUCACGUAAUAAUGGGACAGCUGGAGUUGGGUCAUUGGGAAAAAUUCAGCUUGUUCAUUGUGGCGUUAUGCGCUGACGUCAGCAGUGGUAUCAGAAUCCAGGCUGCUUCAAUGGAAUCCGCCUAUGAUGGCUUGGCAAGGUGUCUUCAACCGCUAGAUAAUAGGUUUCCGGCAUCCUUGGCUGAAUUGUCCAUUUUCUCGUCGCUUCGUGGUCGCAUCUCCGUGCAAAAGAACACGGAUAUGUCACGCGUAAUGCGCUUGUUGCAAAUCUCAGACGAGCAGUUGGAUGCAGUACGGAACAGGGAUCAAAUGGCUCAGUUUAGAGAGGAAAUCUUGUCAAAUGUCAGGUCGAAAGACGAGGACUUAGGAGUGGUCGUUGACAGGAUUGAGCAACUACCUUGCACAAACACGUCGGUUGCCGAAGCAACAAGAAAGCCCUCGUCGGCCGAUUCUGGGCUAGACCUAAGUUCCGAAACGUCAUUGUUGGAUGCUGUCGUUGACCGUCAAGAACAAGGCGAGGACGUAGUGGACGACGAGUCACUAAAAUUGGUGAAGAAGCGAAAAAGAAAGGGGAAAAAGGAGAUGCAUCGGGUAGCACCUGGUCAUGCUGAUAUUUCAUUGCUGUCGACCAUCUCAGUCACAUCACCUGUUCACUCUGGUAGUGCACCAGAUAGUACCAAGAGAAGGAAGAAGAAAAAUAAAUUCCAUAAGGCAACUUGCCCGGAAGCCUCCGAGUGUGCGGAAGGCAUUAAUACGUCCAGAAGUUUCUCGUUGGUGGAAGGUGACAAAUCACUAUUGAGUAGUCCUGAUGUGUUAUCGAAGAAGCGCCCAAAGCAAAAGAAGAAAAGGAUGUCAGAAAAGAGCUCCUUCGCUGAGGUGGACGAUGGAGAUGAGCCAUCAAAUGGAGAGCAGAUUUUGUCUAAAAAGCGCCUGUUGUCAGCCAGCUUUUCGGAAGUGCCACUACGAAACAAAAAGAGAAAGAAAAAGAGGAUAUCGCUAGAAAGUUCUUCCUUAGUCCUCAGUCCCCAGAGUUCACGCUGUACCUCAUACCAGACGUCAUUCACAGAUGACUCAUCUUUCAAAACUCCUAAAAAGCUCAAGCGAAAGUUAACCGUUGGAGAAGGCGAUGGUUCGUCUGUAAAGAGAGGUUCAUUCGAUGGAACUGUUGUGUGCAGUGAAAUGAAAGCUCGCAAAAAGAAGAAAAAGGCAUCCCUAACGAGCUCCUUCGUUGAAAUGGAUGAUGGAAAUGGGUUUCCAAAUGGGAAGCGAACUUGGGCUGAAAAGCCCUUGUCAUCAGCUAACUCUUCGACUCUGUCAGUAAGAAGCGGAAAGAAGAAGAAGAGGAGGAGGAUAUCACAAAACGCUCCCUCCAUGGACCUCAGUCCUCAAAGUCCACGUGAUUUCUCAUAUCAGAGUUCGUUUACAGAUGACUCAUGUUUCAAAACUCCUAAAAAGCUCAAGCGAAAGUUAACCGCUGAAGAAGCCGCUAGUUCUCUUGUAAAGAGAGGUUCAUUCGAUGGCACGGUUGUGUAA